AAUGCAGGAUGAAUCCUGUGUGUGUGAAAUAGGAUGGAGAUUACGUGCACAUUGCCGCCCGAUGAUUGGUCCCCAGGCUUGGCAAGUGAGAGCGAGUUCAGAUUGCCUCCCCAUUCAUAGAACCGGGCAAAGACAGGCAAGAGAGGAGCAUCGCCUUUUCCAGGCAGCAAGACUGCCGCAGCGCUCUCCCUCUCUCUCCCUCCCUCCCUUCACCUUCUCCCUCAAAUCCUCGCACACCGGUCAAUGCAAAAGCAAGAACACCCUCAGCAAACCACCGCCAAAACCUGCAGGAGAAGCAGCACGACCCAAGAUGUUGAACCAACCUUGCCCACGUUUGCGAAAUUCACCCGUACAUUCGUGUUGCGGGAUUUAAGUGGACAGCUGCAUUUAAAACAAAACUGGUGUGGAUGAAGUGCAAAAAUGGAUGGUCUGACCCUGGCGAUAUGGAAUGUACCUACACCAUUCAGCGGUUCUGCAAUGCAACUUUUGACAGCGUUCUGGCUUAGUAAUAUUAUGCAGGUUCUGCAUUUCUGCAGCGCUGCUUCUGAAAGCCGGGGAUCGCCUCACGGUCGUGACAACACGGGGAUAAACAAUGAUUAUUUAUUGGUGACGCCUGUUGAAAUUGGUCCUGGGGGGGAUGAGCUGUCGAGAAGCCGGCAGAAAAGAUCAGCACCUUCAGAGUCCCUGCACUACAAACUGUCUCUCCCGGGACAAGAACUGAUCCUGGAUUUGAACCCCUCCCGUCUGCUGGCGACAGGUUUUUCGGUGUCCACUCUGGGCACGGACGGGGUCACGGAGAGAAACAUCCCCUCCUCGCAAGCUGGCUGCUUCUACCAGGGAUCUGUUAGACACCACGGCGCUUCCUUGGUGGCCCUGUCGACGUGCGAGGGCUUGUCAGGAUUCAUACGGAGCCAAGAAAAUGAAUACCUUAUAACUCCAUUACCUCAUGACCUGGCACCGAGACACAAUGCCACCUCAGCCUCCGGGCACCGACCUCAUGCCCUCUACAAACGCUCGGUGGAGCAGAGACUACAACAUCACCUGGUGGGUAGAGAUCCUGGCGGCCAGAGUCACAAUCUCCAUCCUCCCCGCCACCAACAGCACAAGUCCCAGCGGCUCGAGAGAGACCAAAAGCAGCACUUCUGUGGGCGGCGAAAGAAAUACAUGCCUCAUCCUCCAGUCGAGGGUAUACACAUUCUGUCUGAUGAGUACAGCCCCAAGGGCAGGUUAAAACGCACCGCCCUGAAUUCCCGGAAAAACCAAGGUCUAACCGUGGAGACCCUGGUGGUGGCGGACAAAAAAAUGCUGGAGAAACACGGGCAAGAGAACAUCACCACUUACAUCCUGACUGUCAUGAACAUGGUGUCGAGUCUUUUCAAAGAUGGGACGAUCGGAAGUGACAUCAAGAUCAUGGUUGUGAGCCUGUUGCUCAUGGAACACGAUCCACCGGGGUUAGUGAUCAGCCACCACGCAGACCAGUCGCUCAACAGCUUCUGCCAGUGGCAGUCGAGGUUGGUGGGGAAGAACGGCAAGAGGCACGACCAUGCCGUGCUGCUUACAGGGUUGGACAUCUGCUCCUGGAAGAACGAGCCCUGUGACACCUUGGGCUUUGCUCCGAUCAGUGGCAUGUGCAGUAAGUAUCGCAGUUGUACCAUCAACGAGGACACGGGAUUGGGCCUCGCCUUUACCAUCGCUCACGAAUCCGGACAUAACUUUGGCAUGAUUCACGAUGGAGAAGGCAACCCGUGUCGGAAAACUGAGGGGAACAUCAUGUCACCGACUCUGGCCGGGAACAAUGGGAUCUUCUCCUGGUCUGUGUGCAGUCGGCAGUAUCUCAACAGAUUCCUCAGUACAGCUCAGGCUUCUUGCUUGGUGGAUGAGCCAAAGCACCUACAUGAGUACCAGUACCCGAGCCUGCUACCUGGACAGCUCUACGAUGCCAACACACAGUGCAAGUGGCAGUUUGGACCCAAGGCCAAGCUGUGCUCCCUCGACUUUGUGAAGGAUAUUUGCAAGGCCCUUUGGUGUCACAGGAGUGGUCACAGAUGUGAGACAAAGUUCAUGCCAGCUGCAGAGGGUACAAUGUGCGGAUCCAACAAGUGGUGUCGGCGAGGGCAAUGCCUGAAAUACGGUGACAACGGUCCUAAGCCCAUUAACGGUCAAUGGUCCAGUUGGUCGGAGUGGUCAGAGUGCUCCCGGACCUGUGGUGGCGGAGUGUCGUACAGGGAGAGGCAUUGCAACGAUCCAAAGCCUCAGUACGGUGGCAAGUUCUGUCUUGGCUCCACCAGGAUCUAUCAGAUGUGCAACAUCCAGGCUUGCCAUGGCAACCGCGUUGUGUUUCGAGCUCAGCAGUGCGCCGAGUACAACAGCAAGCCCUUCAGGGGUUGGUACUACAAGUGGAAACCGUACACAAAGGUUGAUGAUCAAGAUAUUUGCAAGUUGUAUUGCAUUGCUGAAGAUUUUGACUUCUUCUUCGCCAUGUCCAACAAGGUGAAGGAUGGGACCCGUUGCGUUGAGAACAGAUUUGAUGUCUGCAUUGACGGCAUUUGUGAGGCAGUGGGGUGUGACCUUGUGCUGGGGUCCAAGGCUACGGUGGAUGCUUGCGGAGUUUGCAACGGGGACAAUUCAACCUGCAAGUUCUUUCAAGGACAAUAUCUUCAGCAGCAUCGGGCGAAUGAAUACUACGCAGUAGUCACGGUCCCAGCGGGAGCUCGCAAUAUUCACGUGCACGAGUUGGAGAUCUCCACCAGUUACCUGGCCGUGCGUGAUCUGACAGGUAAAUACCACCUGACCGGAGACUGGACCGUCGACUGGCCGGGCACGUUUGUCUUUGGGGGAGCCCACUUUGACUACCAGCGCUCGUUCAACAGGCCAGAGAGUUUGUACUCAUCCGGACCGACUAAUGAGUCACUCGCCUUUGAAAUUCUGUUGCAAGGCAAGAAUCCAGGUAUUGCCUGGGAGUACACGUUACCAAAGGUUGCUAAUGAAAGCAAGGCAAGCGAGCAGAGGCACAACUACACCUGGGCGGUCGUGAGAUCAGGUUGCACUGCAUCAUGUGCUGGAGGUAAAAUGGUGACCACGCCCUACUGUUUGCAGGACCAUCUUACACAAGUCAACACCACCCUGUGUUCUGCACACGCAAGGCCCACGGCAGGAACAAUUACCUGCAACACACAGCCAUGCCCAGCAAGCUGGUCGACGGGCAAGUGGAGCGACUGCAGCCGGCCGUGCGGGGGAGGGGAGCAGAGCCGCCAGAUCCAGUGCUUCCGCAAGGCGGCUUUCCAGCGGGACCAGACCGUGCCCCACUCCAUGUGCCCCGUUGUGACGCCCUCCCAGGCUCAGCCCUGCAACAUCCAUGACUGCCCCCCAGAGUGGGCCGCUGGAACGUGGACACAGUGCUCCAAGACCUGUGGCCGGGGGAUGAGAAAGCGCAACGUCUACUGCAGAAGCACCAACCCCACAUCCAAACCGCACACCGUGCUGGAUAGUCUGUGUAUGCUGGACUCCAAGCCCAAGAGUCAGGAGAUCUGUGUGGUGCGGAGGUGCCCGAAGAACGACCGAUUACGAUGGAUCACGUCGGCAUGGACAGAGUGCUCAGUGUCCUGUGGUCCCGGCCUACAAAAACGGGAGCUAAAGUGCAGUGAGAAAAGUGUGUCCGGCAAGUAUGUCCCUUUCCCUCAGCGGAGAUGUCGCCAUCUGCCCAAAGCGAAGGUUGAUCUCGAACGAGCUUGUAACAUGGGCGCAUGUCCCAAUCCACCCAUGAACCAAAUCCUCAGCAAUGCGGCACCAGCCUGGUAUGCGUCACCAUGGCAACAGUGUACAGUCACGUGCGGAGGAGGAGUCCAGAUCCGCACCAUGCACUGUCUACGACAGGGGAGACCCUCGGUGGGAUGUCACGGACACCAGAAACCAGCAGUGUCGAGAGCUUGCAAUACAAUCUUCUGUCCAUCACCCAGGAAAGAUCUCAACUGUGUCGACUACUUUAGUUGGUGCCACCUGGUUCCACAACAUGGGCUCUGCAGCCACAAGUUCUACGGGAAGCAAUGCUGCAAGUCCUGCAGCAAAAUCAACCGAUAGCGACCGGCGUCUUUGCCACCACAAUCACCUUGACCUUCUCCCCUCACUCCCUUUCCCCACGGAUCACCCACCCCAACAAGAUUAUUUAUUAGCCGCUGUCAAGGAGGUUUUGUAGUCGUUCGCUCAGGGUGGUUCAGCGCAGACUUGGACAAAGGCUUAGUGGGUCUUUUUUCACCCCCCUCCUCGAAAAGAUUGACAGACUGUUGGCAUCUGGUAGGACAAGAAGGACAAACAAUGAAGACGCGUUGGUUCUACAAGACUUUGAAACUUUGAAAAGUGUUUGCCAGCCAGUCUUGCUCUUGUUGAUGGAAAAUUAUCCUGCUGGAUAAAUUUAAUCCUGGUCAGUGUGGAGAAUCUAGGUAUAUAAAUAUAUAUAUAAAUUGUCGAAUUUUUUUGUUUGUAAGAAGUAUUAACAGUUUGUGUGGUCUGCAUUUGAUUGUUUUCAUAUGUUUACACCUCUGGGUGUGUGUGUGUGUCUGUAUGUGUGAGAGUGUAGGGAUAUUAUAUUAAAACAGUGCCCUUUAACUGCUAUUGCUUCACGAGAGAGCAAGGACAAUGCACUUACCGAUGGAAGGAGUAUGAUUGUCUAUGUUAGAAUAUCAAGCGCAGCGUUUAAGACUUUGUGGUGCUAAUAUCCAGCCGGACAUUUAGUCAGGCAGUAACAAACUGCAUUGUAGACCUUAUUGUUCAUGUACUAUCGAAGGUUUCAUCCACCAAACAAUCUGUUUGUGUUUAUUUGAUAAAGUUGAAGAGAGGAAGGCAUGUAUUUUUAAAGGAAAUUUUGUCAGAGGGAUCCUGACUUUCUGGGGUGGGUGAAGCGAGGAAUUUUAACAACCACACAUGCUUGCUAAUUGAAACUAAAUUUUGCUAAUUUGAGAAUUGCUCUCUGUAAAUAAAUGCUGGACACCGUUUGUCACUGGCAAUGGUGGCAUCAUUAGGUAGGUAAUCAUACGGGGUGGUAGGAGUCCAUUCAGCCCACCAUGGCUGUGCUGGACUUCUGAAAGGGCUGAUUUUAGACAUGCCUGCUGCAUCAUCCACAUAACAUAGGGUUAACUCAGACUGUGAAUGAUCCCAGUGUUUCAUCUGGUGAACUUAUUAUUUAACUUAAUUCUCCACCCUUACUUCCUCCACAAUCCUAAUAAGGAAAUAAACAGAACUAGUACAUAGGAUAUGAAUGGCAAUGGACACAAGGCUCUUCGAAACAAAUAGAGUUUAGAUUUAGAGAUACAGCACGAAAACAGGCCCUUCGGCCCACCGAGUCCAUGACUGCCAUCAAUAACCCGUACACUAGUUUAAUCCUGCACACUAAGGACAAUUUACAGAAGCCAAUAAACCUAAAAACCUGCACGUCUUUCGAAUGUGCGAGGAAAACAGAGCACCCGGACAAAACAAACUCCGUACAGACAGCAGCCGAGGUUAGGAUCAAACACGGGUCUCUGCCGCUGUAAGGCAGCAACUGCACCACUGUGCCACCCUACAUGUUAUUGACAAAAGGCAAGCAUUAAAAUGCUGGAAUAACUUAGCGUAUCAUGCAGCAUCGCUGAAGAACAUGGAUAGGUGACGUCUUGAGUCAGACUCUUCCUCAGAGUUAUAGACCUCAUGCCUUGUCCCUUAUAAAAGUUGGAUGGUAGAAGUGUGUCCUACAGUACAAGAGCCAACAGAUUUCACAAGCAACAUGUUCUAUGACGAUGAAUCAGGGCCAAACUCGGCAAAGACUCUUUCGGUGAAACAUUUUGUAAUGGCCGCGCAUCUGCUUCCAUUGGCCUUCCACUGGAGAAGAACAUUAGACUUCAAAGCCUUGAUAGGGGCAGACCAAAUUUUCUUCCAAGAUUAAAAUUUCCAGCGUAGAACAGUACAGCACAGAAAUGGGCCACUCAGCCCACAAUGUUUGUGCCAAGUUAAACUGGUCUCAUCUGCCUGUACAUAAUGCAUACGCCUCUAUUCCCUGCACUUCCAAGUGUCUAUCUCAAAGCCUCUUAAACACCACUAUCGUAUCUGCCUCCUCCACCAGCCCUCUCGAUGCGUUCCUGGCCCCCACCGCUUUCUGUGUAAAUAAACUUGCACUGUACAUUUCCUUUAAACUUUCACCCUCUCAUCUUAAAGUUCUGCCCUCUAGUGGUGGACAUUUCCACCCUGGGGAAAAGGUUCCAACUGUCUACCCUAUCUGUGUCUCUCAGAAUUGUGUACACUUCAUAAUUUCAUAUAAACCUACAUAUACAAACUAAUUCAUCAAAGCACAAACCAAUACUGUUAUCUUGCAUCAUCUUCAUCAACCCAGUGCCUGUAGAAUUGUCAGGUUCCAUCACAUGAUACGAUACAUGUAAGAGGCUUUUAGAUAAGCCCCGGGAUAUGCAGGGAAUGGACAUGGAUCACAUGCAAACAAUGAUUAGUUUGCAUUGACACGAUCGGCAUGGACUAUGUGGGCCGAUGGCCGAAUAUUCCUGGCUCCCCACAUUCAGUCUGACGAAUGGUCCCAACCCGAAGUAUCACCUAUCCAUGUUCUCCAGAGAAACUGCCUGACGCGCUGAGUUAGCCCAGCACUCUCGGUUUUUGUUUGUAAAAAAAUAGACAGAAAAAGCUGGAGUAACUCGGCGGGUCAGGCAACAUAUCUGGAAAAAAUGAAUAGAUGACGUUUCGGGUUGUGACCCUUCCUGCAUCUGCAGUUCCUCGUGUCUCCAUGGGGAAUGACACAUUUAGUUUUAUUCUGCCUGAUUUCCAGAAGCUCAUUUAUAUAUGAUGUCUCUGAUUGUUGGGUUAGUAGACCUUCUUAAACAAAAUAUUUUAUUAUUAUUACUUCUUGUACAUUUUUAAUUUAUUAAUAAAUUCAUGUAGUGGAUUUCCCGACGUACAAGCAAAGCAGGAAUACAAGAUUAUUGUGAUGGUUACGUUAUUGAGAGAGGCUGUAGUUUGCUCUUUGUGUGUGCAUUAAUACUGUAAGUAUUAUUUAAAUUUUUGUAAAUCUUUUUGUAAUAAAAUUCACUCACAC